CAAUAUUAGUCCUUGUACUUUCUGCUGCGUAUACGAAUAUUCCUUCCGGGAGCACAGACCCGUUUCGGGCUCCGGACGUACAACUGCCCGUCAGGCCCUUUUGUAAAUGGCUUCCGCUUACACGGCCAUAAGAAUGGACGCAACAUGCACACUGCAAAGAGGACACAGCUCCGGCCAUGGUGCGCUUCAGCAAGCUCAUAGGCUCGUUCACGAUGCGAUGCGCGCAGACAAAGGAACCUGCCUUUGUGGAGAGCAAGAAGCGAAACGGCAUCGUGUUUGUUUUAGCCAAUGGCUGCCAAGCACGCUUCCUCGGCGGAUGCGUCAUCCAAAACAAGAUGGAGCUCUGCUGGACUACCUCUGCUUUUAGCCCAGGUGCCUCUUUGCUCCCAGCUGGCUGGCGAAUGGCUUAUUAGUGCAAGGGACGGGGAUCCUGCCCGAGUGCAAAAGUUCUUUCAAAAGCCAGUGCCCGGCCUCGUCUCUUUUCCUCCUGAACGCUUUCGUACGUGUCCUCCGAGCCCUACAGUAUGCAUGUGUGCUGUAGAUAGUAGAGCCAACCAUUACGUGAAACGACAUGGUAAUCGUCACACACGUCCGAAGUGCUUUUGUCUUCUUCUUCUGCUUCUUCGCUCUUAGUUGUCUUUGUGUGUUACGGUUGAGCGACUUUCGGACUACGCCAUCCCGCAAAAAGCCUCAAGUUAGUAAACGUACGCACAGUAGUUUGUCGGAUCUAUGGCUGGCCGUCAAACAUGGAUAAGCAUGAAAAUUACUAAUAGUAGUAAUUAAAUGCACGGCCAUGACUCUUGUGUUUUUCAUCAGAAAUAAUAAAUGAUCGCCAACACU